AUGGCUGAGCCCAGCGCCUCCAACUCCCUCAUUCGGAAGCGGCAGGACAUGGACCUGAUGGCUCCACCUCCGCCUGUCAAAAAGAUCAAGAGACCAAAGAAGGUGCUUGAUGAAGACAAUUAUACCGAGGCUCUCUCGCAAAUCAUAGCCAGAGACUUCUUCCCGGGCUUGCUAGAAACGGAAAUCCAGCAAGAGUACCUUGAUGCCCUCGACUCCAAGGAUCAGGCAUGGAUAUCGAGCGCCGGUCAACGGCUGCGCCAUGUCAAUACACUCAAGAAGACUGGGAGGCCUGCUGUCGCACGUCCAGCUGUGAACGCCGGGCAAACACCAAUGACAUUUGUGGGCGACACACCCAUGUCGGUUGCGACGCAGUCCGUCGAGGAACGCCCAGCACUGGGAGCCCACAUGAGCCUCACCAAAUUUCAGGAAACAUACACUAGCGAAGACAACGAAAGCUUCUACAGACUGGUUGACAAACAAAAUCAGAAAAAGGCCGACAAAUAUGCGUGGUUGUGGCGCGGCAACAAGAUGCCGUCAAAGCAAAUGAUUGCUCAAAAAGCAGUCACAGAUCGUUUAGCGCAAGACGGGAAACUCGUCGACGAUGGCUUCAUAAAGCGUGACAGGCUGGCGAUCAAGGAUAGCGAUGACCGGCCUGCGCGCCCAGACAGUUGGAAUUCGGAAGCUCAAAACGGGCUGAUGUUUGAGCCAAAGGAUCUCAAUGAUGACCUCAAAACUGUAGCGCAAGCUGCAGCGGACGCCUCCAGAUCGGGCCCAAAAGCAGUCGUCUACGCCAAUACUCGCGUUCCACAGCCUCAUGUUCCACAGCGCCCGCCAUCACCCACAUUGUCUUCUAUAAAAGACGCUAUUGCUGGGAGACCUCGUGCCAAAGACGCAUUUUCCAGCGUGGCUGGUGGUGGCGAAACACCACGGGUCAAUGGCUAUGCUUUUGUGGACGACGAAGACGACUACGACGCUGGCACAAAGCAGGAGCCCAUAAUUGAUUUGGGCCCUGGCGACUCAAACAAUCCUUUCAAAAUACAAGAGCGCGGGAAAAAGGAUGUUUUGCACGAAAAGAUGGUGGAUCGAAUAGCCAAGUCGAAUCGGGAGUCUUCUCGCAAUGGUUUCACCGGCCGCUCUGAGCGCUCAGAUGUUCCCAAGUUUCCGAGCAGCCCGCGAGUCUCUGACGCGCUUACCCCCGCAGCUCAGCGUCUUUGGAGCAAAAUGGGAACUCCCAAAGGAAAAACACCGAGCAGCUCCUUUGGUCAGUCGUGGCAGGAAACACCGCUACGACGAGGCUCUUCGCUAAGGAACGUGAGCAAGCCCAAUAGCAAGCCCAAAUAG